AUGGAGAAGCUUCUGAGCCUUCUCCAGCGUAAAUACCCCGACGUGUAUAAUGACCUAACUAACGAAAUCGAAAGAGACAUUUCGGGUUCGAUUCCCGAUGGCCCGGCUUCUCCCGAAAGGGACGAAGACCGCCGAGGCAACUUUGAAAUGGAAUUAGCAGCAUCCGAUUCUGAUUGUAGCAUCUCGUCCCAGGAGUCGAGGCCGGCUUCUCCGGCUUCCUCCGACUCAGACAAGUUCGAGCCCGUCUUAAAAAGCAGAAAGCGAAAGAAGGUCAAGGCCUCUAUAAAACCGCUGCCAUCCAAACGUUGCGCGAACACAGCACGCAGCGAAGCCCCCGCACACCCCACAUCCGCCGCUCCCGCGGCUCCCCCCGCAACACGCCCCACCACUUCAGCGAGUGAAUCGCUCUCCGCGCCUUCAGCGCCCUCGUCCGCCCGAGCACCGAAAAAACCACCGCCAGCCUAUAUCCAGGACAAAGCGGCAUGGAGCUCCAUCUCCAAAAAAAUGGAGAUUAAAAACAUCUGCCCAGAGUCGGCUAAAGCUACAUACCAGGGCAUCCGAGUCACAGUCAAGGACUCGGAAACCCACCGUCGCCUCACGUCUCUCCUUAGACAGGAGAAAAUUUCAUUCCACACAUACGCGUUAGAUGACGAACGUCAACAACGCGUAGUCAUCCGCGGUUUACCUUCGGAACUGAGCACGGAGGACAUAAAGACGGACCUUCUGUGCCAGAAAUACCCCGUCAAACAAGUUUCGCGCAUGUACCAUCCACGUACAAAAGCGCCGUAUCCCAUGGUACUAGUCGUUCUCGAACUCUCCCCUGAGGGGAAAACCACCUCUCCGGGCUUACCGUGCGUUAGGUGCCUAGGCGACCAUGGCACCACUGACUGCCCCCGUAGGGUCCUCGACCCCGAAGUUCCACCCAGUUGCGUGUUGUGUAAGCAAGACGGACACCCCGCAAACUACCGCGGUUGCCCGCGGGCACCGCGCAAGCGUCGCCCGAGGGAAACGCGCGGUAGAGCGACCUCUCAAAAGAGGAAGCCGACCCAGGAAACCACCACAGAGGUAACGCCUGCCCCACAGGAGGCUCCUAAGCCCCAACAGUCAGGCAUCAAAACCCAGCAGGUGGUUUCGAAAGCCACCCCGACCCACAAUAAGGCCCCUCAGGCCGCAAGCGUAGCCCCUAAGGCUAACGCUUGGAACAAGCCUUUAUCUUACGUAAAGACUAUCCCCACACGGUCGGUAGUCGAACCGACUCCCAUAAAAGACGAGGUCAAACGAAUGAAGGCCUACUUAGCCGAAGUCCGCACACAAUUAGACCGCAUGGCAGCGGUACUAGAGUCCUUCGACGUUUAA